CCAUCCCCGCUCCGCAUUUUCGGCGGCGGCGAGGUCCCCUUUGGCGGAUGCUGCGCGUCUCCCCGGGCCGCUGGUGCUAAAUGCUGAGCGCCGACAGGAUGGAGGAGUUUCAGAGCGAGGAAGAGGAGCCCUGGUACGACCAGCAGGACCUGGAGCAGGACUUGCAUUUGGCCGCGGAGCUGGGGAAGACGCUGCUGGAGCGCAACAAAGAGCUGGAGGACUCCCUGCAGCAAAUGUACGCCACCAACGAGGAACAAGUGCAGGAAAUCGAGUACCUGACCAAGCAACUAGAGAUGUUGCGGCAGAUGAACGAACAGCAUGCAAAAGUCUACGAGCAGCUGGACCUGACAGCACGGGACCUGGAGCUAGCUAACCAGAAGCUCGUGCUGGAAAGCAAGACAUCCCAACAGAAGAUACAGUGCUUGACGGAAACGAUCGAGGGGCUGCAGAACCAAGUGGAGGAGCUUCAGAAGCAGGUGGAGGAAAUGCGGAGCUUGGAGCAGCUCCGCAUUCGGCGGGAGAAGAGGGAGCGGCGCCGAACCAUCCACACCUUCCCCUGCCUUAAGGAGCUGUGCUCCAGCCCCAGGUAUGAGGACGCGUUCCAGGUCCACAGCUCUUCCACAGAGUUCAACCAGAAGCCACUGGAGAGGGAGAAUGAGCGCCUCCAAGCCAUGGUGAAUUCCCUGAGGUCCCAAGUCAACCAGGAGAAGCAGCGGAAGGAGAGGGUUGAGCGAGAGUACACCUCCGUUAUUCAGGAGUACUCGGACCUCGAGCAGCGGGUGUGCGAGAUGGAGAACUGCAAACUCCGCAUCAAGGAACUGGAAGCAGAGCUCCUAGAGCUACAACAGAUGAAACAAGUCAAGAAGUAUUUGCUCAGCAGAGAAGACAACUUGUCCGAGGCCCUCCUAGAGCCACUGAAUAACGCCCCAGAAGCAGACUACAUCGACCUCUCUGAGGAGGAGGGAGGAAAAAGUCAUGGGCCAUCAAUGACGCCUUCCCCAAACCACCCUGUCCGGAAAAGCUGCAGUGACACAGCCCUCAAUGCCAUCGUGACCAAGGAUGCCGUGAGUCGGCACGAGGGCAAUUACACGCUGCACGCUAACAACGUGCGCAAGCGGGGCAUGUCCAUCCUGAGGGAAGUGGACGAGCAGUAUCACGCCUUGCUGGAGAAGUACGAAGAGCUUCUGAGCAAAUGCCGGCAGCACAAGGACAGUGUGCGCCACACAGGGGUCCAAACAUCCCGGCCCAUCUCUCGCGACAGCUCCUUCAGAGACUUCCGAGGAGAGGGACACGAGUUGGAAGAGCGGAAAACCAUGGAGAAGACCAUCAGCAAACACGUGGAGGCUGUGGACAAGCGGCUGGAGCAGAGCCAGCCCGAGUACAAGGCUCUUUUUAAGGAGAUCUUCUCCCGCAUCCAGAAAACAAAAGCAGACAUCAAUGCCACAAAGGUGAAAAACAAGAGCAGCAAAUGAGUCCUGCCUCUCUGCAACUCCCACGUGCAAUUGCAACAGCCAAGUCUUCUCUUCAGCCCCAGGAAACGCCACGUGGCCCCUCUGCUUUGCAGGUUCGAGAGGUCUACAAGCAAGAAAACGUCACGGAGACUCAACUCCCUUUUUUAAGCUUGGGCUCUGGACAACUCGUUGGGACAACUGUACAUUGUAGUUAGAGGAUUUCAGAAACUGUGUGACGGAUCUCUGCAUGAGUUACUGCCGCUGCCAGACAUCACAACAGCAACGUAAACCACACCACGAAAAAAGAAAACCGAUCACUUCCUCCACCCUUUUCAGCUUGUCUUACAGCCCGAUUAUCUGCAGGCAAAAGCCUGGAUGUCCUGCAGCAUCCUGCCACAGCUGGAACGCAGUGUUUCAAAGUAAAACAAAAAGCCAUCAGAACUUCAGGGGCUGCUGCAGCACACCAGCCCAACCCUCCACUUUGGUUUUAUGGCUAAGAACCUAUGCUUGUAGCCAAGAGACUUCUGUCUACGCCUUCCCCUUCCCCAAAGGGCAGUACGUUCUUGCUAUUUAAGCCAUUCUCUUAUCAGUCAGGUUUUUCAGCUAUUUACAAUGCAAGCUCAUUGCAACUGGAAAAACUUGAAGAGAAACAUAAAACUGAUUGUUCUGUCUUCAUCAGCGUCGCUUAGUAUUUCCGUCCAUACUCUCCAGACUUUGCAGGCAUAUGGGAUUUCCUCGCUUUAAAUCUGCCCCAGUAUUUCAGCCCCGGUGAAGCACUGUGCCUGGUAGGAACUUGAUGACCAGGGCUUUCCCAUAAGCUAGACAAGAAGUGCUAUUACAGUCUCAGAGACAUGCUUUCAUCUCAUGGUCUGAGUACCAGCCCUCUGCGCUGUGCUCUAAAAGAGGUUGUCAUCGCCCCAUUGUAGCAAACUCCUCAAAUACAGCUUGCAUGGGCUUGCAAAACUGACUACCGGCGACUCGCAUGCAAGCAGAAGGAUAAAGCAUCUUAUGGCGUCAGGAGCUUUGGCCCUGGCAGUAGCGCUGAUCACACAUUGCCCCACACUUUUGCUCUGAACAUCUCCCCAGUCGAGAGGACAGAUUUCAGUUUUCUGCUGAAAAUAAUCUUUCUUGGCUGAGAUACUGUCUCCAAAGGUUGUCAGCUCUCAUGUGCCAGUUCACUUUCCAGCACUGAGAUCUCCUCACUUUUGCUUCCACAGACAUGCAAACACACAGCCAAAAGGCCACUGCAGUCUCAGGAAUCACCAGUUUCCAUUUUUCAUGAAUUAGAUGUUGACCCUGUAUGGCCAGACACGCGUUUUAGGCAGAGAAGCAGCAUUUCAUUACAGCUUAGGCAACACCCUGAGCAUUGAGCCACAAAAAUCAAGCAGUUCAGUCUAAGCUACCUAUUCUGUACCUGCCUGGAGAAACUUUAGGCCAGAUUUGGAUUCUAUUUUCACCAGCUUACAUCCCAAAAUCUUGGGUAAAUGGUUGGGGUUUUUGCAACAUUGAGAUAAAUAAAUGAGAACGUGGCUUUGGAGGGGGAAGACUGUUAAAAUGUAAUUAUCCUCUGAGUCUAGGGCCUUGAUGUUAUGAGGAGCUACCUUUCUUUCACUCACCAUGGAAUUAAUGCAAAAAUACCCCCCCAAAUACCCUCUUUUGUUAAGCUGAGUACCCCAGAGGUAAGUUGGCAGGAGUGCGAUGCCCAAACCGUACCCGCUCCAGAGGUCUCCUCCUCAAACCACCCACCACCAAACGCUCCGCUCUUCCACGCGCUGCAUUUUCAGGUGCCCUAUGGCCCCAAACUCGAGAAACAUUAGGAGCCAUACGCACGACUGUGGCUACCAGCUCUGUAACAGUAUGGAGAACCUUCAUGCCUUAUUUAUUUAUAAUGGAAAGCAGUUGUCUAAUAAAAUAAAACAAAUAAAAAUGAACAACAGCAGCAACAAAAGCAGCUUUGUUGAUUUUCUCGGAGCAUUCACCACCCUAUUACUUCAACAUUUGUGGCAGGGGAUAUCUGAAGCAAUGUUGGUUUAAGUCAGCCAAUGUUUACUCUUGCAGUCAUCUGGUUGCUGCAGAGGUGUGGGAAGAGGAUCGCCUUCACUUUCCGUUUUAAACAAUCCUGUGUGAAUCAGCAUCACAGUUAAGUGUACAGCAGAUUAAAUAUAUUUUCAAAUGCUUUAUUCUCUUCUCAAAUAAAAA